ACCCGAAAUUUCCCUCUCGGUCAUAUACCAACCGCCGCACCACAAUUUCCCAAACCUCUUUCCCAAAUCCGGUAGAACCCUAGCCCUGGCCCCCUCCGGCUGCACUCCGGCGACGUCGACUCCGGCCAUCCCCUCGCACGCCGGAGACCCGCCCUCCGAGCCUCUCCCCUCGCCUUGGUCCCCCCCGCUGUCUUCUGAUGGGAUGUUCUUCUUGCGUUCUCACGUCUGAAGAGAUUUUAUUUUUUUCAAGCUUUAUCGCUGCCCGGCAGUGCUAGUCAGUUCUACCUUGAAUCAUGGAUGGCCCAAGGAGAGAUGAUCAAGAAGGAGUGAAUGUUGUGGGCUUUGAAGUUCCAAGGUCGCCGGAUUCAAGCUACAACAACCCCAUCCCUGGAAAUGAAGAUGAAGCUAGGGAGCCACCAGUGGUACCACCUCAUUUGCAGCAGUCCUUGCUGAGCUUUCUGCCAAGCCGAGAUGAUUCUAGCAGCCUACCAUUGCCUCAGCAUGUUAUUCUUAACCACCUCUACAUAGAGAACCGAGAGAGCCCGAGAUCUGUCGUAGCUCUGGGGAUCACCCAUCGCUUCCGUUCGAAAUUUGUUACAGUUGUGCUCUACAAGCCAGUCCAGAGAAGAUGAAUUUGAUGAUUGGUCAUUCAUUGUUAUUUUUUGGCUUCUGUUAAAUUGCUGAGGAAAGUCGGGCUGCACUCUUGAGAUUUGUGGCCAAACUGCAACUGGAGUUAAUCCGUUGCGAUUGCCCAUUAUUUUAGAAUGGAACAAUCGUUAUUCAUUUAGCUUUUCUGGCUUCAAAUGAUGUUGGAUUUGGUUUGUCUGGUGUUCUGUAAGUCUAUACAGGCGUUUUUAUUAUGUUGUUCGUGGGCAUCGACUAAAUGAAUUUUAUUACUGGAGUCUUUGUAAUAUAACUUGGGUCCAAAGCUGAGCUCAAAAGCUUCAGUGCUGGGAGGAUUAACUGUUUAACUAGUCUGCGCAUGCACCGGUUGAUGCUUCAGUGCUGAGUUAAAUGGUAUUUAACGUUUCUUUUGUUUCUUUGUA